CACCGUUCCGAUCCUCUCCGCCGUCGCGAUGGCGGCCUCCUGCCGCCGCCGCCGUCACACGCCACCGCAGAGCUAGCUACCGACGAAGACAAGGCGGGCAAUGGCCAAGGCGCCCCUGCCGCUUCCGUCGCUGCUCGUCCUCGCCGCCUUCUUCUUCCACCACCCCUGCUGCACGGCGCAGGGCCGCGCCGAAAACAUCUCGGAGGUCGAGGCCGCGGUCCGCGCCCGCGCGUCCGAGCUGCUCCGCGACGCCACCAGCCAGCUCGUCGACCUGCCCCUCCCGGCCAACCUCUCCGGCGCGGGCGUCCGGGCCUCGGCCCUCAGCGUGCGCAGCAACGCGCUCUGGGCCGGCGGCGUCAACACCACCGGCUUCACCGUCCCGCCGCGCGUCGUGCCGGUCCCGUUCGCGCGCCGCCUCGCCAUCGUCUUCGAGCGCUUCGUGGGAAACUCGACGGCCGCGUUCGCCGCGCCGCAACGCUACGCGCUGGCCGCGCCCGUGGCCGGCCUCCUCGCGUACGACGCGUCGGCGGGGCCCGACGCACGCGUCUCGCUCCGGGCGCUCGGCGCGCCGGUGCGCGUCGAGUUCAAGGACGACCUGUCGGCGGCGGCGGCUCUGGACAAGGGGUUCGAGUUCGACGCCACCACCGCGCGGUGCGUGACGUUCGCGGCCAGCGGGGAGGUCGUGGCCACGCACGCCGUCGCGCCGGGCUCCGCGUGCGCGGUGAACGGCACGGGUCACUUCGGUAUAGCGGUGCUGCUGCCCGAGACGCCGCCGCCAGCCUCGGCCGUGAGGGCCAGGUGGUGGGCGUGGACGGUGGGUGUCGGCGCCGGUGGGGUGCUGGGAGCCAGCGCCUUGACGCUCUCUGUGGCCGGCGCGGUGAGCUGGACCAGGAUGCGGCGAAGGGAGGAGAUGGAUCGGCGGGCGAUGGCCGGGGAGGAGCUGGGGAGGAUGACGGUGCGCGGGAGCAGGAUGCCAUCGGCGAAGGUGGUAAGGACGCGGCCGGAGUUGGAAGAGCGCAGCUAGCACGCCGCCGUAGCGGUAGGCGAGCUCCUCUCCGAGUACGUUGCACCAGCCGGGGGGUCUGGCUCCUCAACUGAUGGCAACGGGGAGUUCCCCGCCGGAAAUAGCUCACCGUCUCCGUCCCCGCGACGAAAAAACUUCCCUGCAGGGAUCCUACGAACGCUUUGGAAAGAAUAUUUCUUCCUUAUCCCUGUUCCUCGCGGGGAUAAAUCCCCAACGGGAUCUCAUCCCCGUUUAAAUUACAAUUAAGACAUACGUACUUUGCUAUUAAUGUUAAAUAUUGUCACUUAUACACAUUGUCAGAUAUAAGAAAUCAUUAUGCAUACAUCAAAAUGAAUACAUUUGUACAAUUAGUGGUCUCUUGAUAAGAUAAUUAUUUAUUUUUGUCGUU